AUGGUUAGCUUAAUUAUAGGAGAUUGGAUUGAAGAGGGUUAUUCAUCUAUAGUGCAAGGAAAAGAAGACAAAAGUGAAGCAUCAUUAGUGCCAUGUAUUACGAAUGACGCGGGAGAAAAUGUUACUCCAAAGCCACUCUUUCCUGUAUUUGUUGGAGAAACUGGAUUAGAUUCUGAGUUCCUCGUGGAAUAUUUGGAAGUAAUUGAAAAUUGCUUUCGAUCUGGGAAAAAUGUUCUCGAUUGUGAAUCUAGUUUCUUAAAGCGAUUUAAGAAAACUUUAUAUGUUACUGAAAAAGCCUUAAAUUACAACACUUAUAAAAAAAGUAUAUUAUCUUACAACGGAUAUGAAACACAGCUUGAAGAUAUAAUGAUGGAUUCUAGUUCAAGUGCAUUUAAAGACGGAAAUGAAAGUGAUGAAUAUUCUUCAAAUUCAAACAUUAAAUUGCACCUACUGUUUUAUUUGGAAAAAAUCAACCAUAACUACAAAGUAACUUGUAUGGAAUGCAGCUCAUCCAAUGACUGCAUAUUUGUUGCAGGUUAUGGAGCAGUUCCUGAAAAAGAAACUUUGGUUGAACCAAAAGGCUUUAUUUUAUGUUGGAAUAUUCAUAAAAGUGGAUAUCCAGAACGAAUAUACCACACUGAUGAAAGUGUCAGUUGUAUAGAAAUAUCGAAAAAGUGUCCAUAUCUGAUUGCGGUUGGCAUGAGACAUGGUCUUGUAGCAUUGUAUGAUCUACGUGAGCAGGAGAAACUCACAAAAGUAGACAAUCGCAGUUCACCAGUAAGACCGAUUGGCACAAUUACUAGUGUUUGUUGGAUGGAAAAACAACAAACAGGAGAUAGACAGGCGGCAGUAAUUUUAUCAUCAUCAAAAGAUGGCGUCAUUUGUUAUUGGACUGUUGAACAAGUUCUGGAAGGACAAGUCUUUCGACACAUAAAAAGAGGUUCAACUUCAUCCAAAGAAAAAGAAAGAAAGUACCUAAUUGCAAUAGAUGCGGCUGCUUGGGGCAUGCAAAUGAGACCAGACCUUAAAGGGGUCUUUACUAUUGCAACUGCUGAAGGUCAAGUACUUGUAGCAGAUUGCAAUGAUCCAGUAAUAUAUAUUAAGGUAUAUGACUGCCACAACGGGCCCGUCUUUGAUUUACAAUGGUCACCUCUUGCUAAUGAUGUUUUCAUGACCUGUAGCACUGAUCAAACUGUUUGCAUAUGGCAAUGGGAUAAACCAUCCCCAGUCAAAACUCUCAAGCUUUCAGAUGCAGUGCUGAAAAUAGCUUGGUCUAAUGUCACAUCAACAUUAUUUUUGGUCAUGAUGAGAAUGAAAAUUCAAAUUUUUAAUUUGUCUCAAGAUUUACAUGAACCAAUAGCUCAAGUGUUUGCCCCAGAAGGAGUUUCUUUUACAUACAUUACGUUUUGCAAGCAAAAUAAUUGGUUUCUCGUAGGUAAAUCAAGUGGUGAUAUUGUUUUGUAUGAACUUGUGGGCAUCACAUUGACUAAUGAGAAUCAAAUUCUUGAACUAAAAUCAACUUUUCUUCCCGAUUUAUAA